UGGCAAGGUCUCAUUGCGAUAUUUCGCCAGAAGAUAGUACGACGAGAGACACCUCCAGAGAGCAAAACUUGAUCCGAUUCAUCACCUGAGGUUGUAUGUUCCCUGUGAAAGUAAUACAAGGCUUCUUCUGCACUUAGACCGCUCGAAUUAUGAGUUGCGUCGUGUCCAUGUCCAUCUUCCGUGGUUGGGUCGUCGUCGUUCUGCAAUAAACACGACGACGUUUGUUCUUGGGAACAACUACAAGAUUCUGCCGCGCAAGAACAAACGAUAAAAACCCGAAAUGGGAAACCAGUCCACGAAGGCCGGCGUGGUGGUGUGGGGUCAGCAGGUCGAGAACUCUUCCGGGGAGGAAAAAGUGUACGGACCCCGACUGGUCGAGGCGUUGCGGCAUGUGCACGUGCGCGCGGUGGUUUGCGGAGGCCAUCAUUCCUGUGUCUUAACCGAAGGCAACGAAGUGUACACGUGGGGUAGCAACAAAAGCGGACAGCUGGGCCUCGGGCCGGACUGGCAGGAGGUCCCGCUCCCCCGCACCAUCCGGUCGCUGAACAGCAAAAACAUCCGACAAAUUUCGUGCGCCGAGCACCACACCGCGGCCGUGUCGGAGUCCGGCGUUUUGUACACCUGGGGUCGCGGCCAGAACGGCCGCCUGGGGCACGGGUGCAAGAGCAACGAGAUGCUGCCGAAACCGGUGGAGACCCUGUUCGGGCAACACGUGGCACAGGUCAGCUGGUAUCCACAAAAAAAGACCCAUGAUCCCAAUCCUUCCACUUUGUCAUGCAAAAGAUGAAUAAGAUCCUGUGUCUGUCAUGCAAAAAAUGGAUGGGCAUGGCGGGAAUGAGUUCUUUUCUGUGGAUGGCUGCGGCGACUUCCACACCGCCUGUGUCUGUGUGACGGGCGGAGGUGCUGGAGCGGGUGGUGUGUCCUCAUCCACAGCCGGUAGCACCACGGGAGGUGGACCCGGCGCAGGAGCCGAUAGCGGUGGUAACCUCGCAUCGCAUUUGGCGCACCACGCCACCUCGCAUGGUGGUGGGUCAAUCAUGUCCGCUGGUGGAGGAGCAAACGAUAGGAUCUCUGGUGCUUCCGGAACCGGAACGGGAGUACAGGGUGCUGGAGGUUCUGGCAAUCAUCAUGCCCUAGCAGGAGCAGGAGUCCAGCACCACCACCCACACCACUUUUCAACAUCCCAGCACCACGGAGCAGCUCCUGCACACAGUAGCAGUUGUGCGAUCGUGUACACUUGGGGGCUGGGGCUGAGCGGGCGGUUGGGACACGGAGACGAAGCGGAUCGGGCCGUACCCAUGCCCCUGAAGGACCUUGGCGAGGGCGUCAUCACGUGCGGCGGGCAUCACACAGCCUUUCUCGCAACCGCGCAGGGUUGUCUCUACACCUGGGGUGGGGGCGCGUUUGGCAAGCUGGGCCACGGCAACAAGGAGAGUUGCUUGUCGCCCGUGCUUCUGCAAGCCCCGGUGGGUCGCAAAAUGAAGCAGUGCGCUUUGGGGUCCCAGCACAGCAUGAGCCUAACUACGGCUGGCGAGGUGUUCACGUGGGGCCAGGCCGGGCGGUUGGGUCACGCGUUGUCCGAGAUGGACGAGGUCACGCCCCGGUUAGUUCAAGCUCUGAACGCGGUCUUCGUGCUGCAAAUCUCCACCGGCCACAGCCACUGCGCGGCGGUGACCGACCGGGGGGACGUGUGGGCCUGGGGCAUAUCGUAUUUAAAAACGUCCCCAACCCGACCUCCCCAUAGUUGUAAUGCAAAUCUGCAUGCUGAGAAUGUUUCUCAUGCGAAGCCCUGUGCAUGAGAAGCAUUUUCUAUUCGUGUUUUGGGAUUUGUCAUGCUCCAUUCAGCAUGGCAUACUAGAUCAGUGAUGCUGCUCAGCUAGCUCAAACAGCACUACACGAAGAGCCCAAAUUUGUCAUGCAGAACAGCCAAAACUUGUGGAUUUGUCUAGCCGAUUUGCCAUCUUGACUAUGGGGUGGGGACGUUGUUACAUAGGAUAGAGCACGAGCCGCGUGUUCGGCCACACGGAAGCAACCAUCCCUGCGAACGUUCCGACUCAGAUUCGAGUGCUGUCCGGCAAAGCGGUGGUCGGGGUGUCCUGCGGGUUUUCCCACACUGUGGCCUUGUCCGACCAGAAGCUCUUCGCGGAGCGCAGUGCGGCGCUGCUCCAACUGCAGCACCAGGCGGGGGGAGCAGGACCAGGAGCAGCAGCUGCUGCUGGCGCAACAAGUAGUACAGGAGAUCAUCUGCAUGCGGUGACCUCUUCUGCGCAUCAACCUCAACAUGGCACGAAGCAUCAACAUCUGUCCGAGCGUACGCCAAGCCACGCUACUGUGUCGAGUAGUACCUCUAGCGCCGGGGCGGGACCGACCGCAGCUGGAGUCGGUGGGAAUAACGCGCACCAAACCUCCUCGAAUGCGGCGAUCAAACGGAGUGGAAGUAGCGGCGCAACAACCGGCGGAGGAGGUACUGGUGCGCACGAGCAAGACCAAAGCUCAACAUCGACCCAACGGUCCGCGAUUACCGCUGCACUCGAGCACCAGCAGGCCAGUCGAGCUAAUGUGGGUAUUCCGUCUGGAGGUGCUAGCGCAGGAACUAAUACCGAUGGCAGAAGUGGAACUAGCGCAGGCACAACUAAUGGUAUCAACCCUGGAGUCGCAUCAACACCAACACAUCUUCCGGGAGGUGAUCCCAGCAAACGCCAGAAUUGUGGCACCACCACGAGCACCUCCAGGCUCCCCCCAAAGCCGCCCAUCAUCGAGCUGAAUCCAACCUUUCCCGAUACUACGAGCGCGGACGUCCGGCAGUUGGUUUUUGUCUCGUCGGAACUGAAAUCGUACCAGAAUCUUGCGUUGCGACUCACGCGCCAGCUGCAGGACGCGUACGCAAAGAUCUUCGAUCUGCAGAGCGAAAACUCGUUUCUCAAAUCCGAGCUCGAGGUCAUGCACCACAACGCGCGCCAAGACUAGAAGACUAAAGAAAUCUUAACCAGAACCCGUUGCAGCAACGACCUGUCGGGUUCAGCGCUUGCGCUAGUUGUAGGCAGCUAAUUUGUCCACCUGCUCCAGUCGCAUUUAGUUGAAUUCCUAGAAUAGACAACCACGACAAGGACAAGGGAUAUUAACCACUGACUGUGCAGAUGUGAAUUUACAAUGCGUGGAAGUAGAUCAGGAAGGAAAGGAUGGAAACCAGCAUGGCCAUGGUGCUCUGACAUCCGUUCCGUUGAAUCGGAGUUAACGACAUCCACGAUGAUGAAACUAAGAUGUUGGAGGACGAAUAACGGACUAGUACCAGCAUCGAAGGAUUUGUAAAUAUCAACA